AUGAUUGUGAGGAGGUGCAUGGGACGGAGCACUGGAAGUCGGCCGCUCGCCCGACAGACUCCCAGGGCCCGCUCGGGAAGACGAAGCUCGCUCUACAUUGCUUGCACGGUAAAAAGACUGGACGCGCAUAUUACCUCCAGCCUCAUUCCCCACACCUGUAACACGCCUGCUAACCCGAUGAAUUCUCCGACCCCGUGUAACAUUCCCACCACUGACAUUGGGCAAAGGAUUUAUCAUGUGCUUGAGUUCAGUGCUUCAUCUUGUAAGCUUUGUGAAGAGAGUUGGACAUCAUACAGUGGAAAGUGUUAUUUCUUCUCUUCUGUAAAUAAAACAUGGUUUGAGGCUCAUGAUUUAUGUGCUGCAUCAAAAGCUCAUCUGGUCACCAUCAACAGCAAAGCUGUACGCGAUUUCCUGGUGUCUAAAAUUAAAGAGACUCACUGGAUCGGUCUUAAUGAUCAGAAGACUGAAGGUCGAUGGGUUUGGCUGAAUGAUCAAACUCUUGAAGAGACCGGAGUACAAUUCUGGACAGAUGGAACUGAGCCGGAUAACUGGAAUGGAGAUAAUCCAUCUGGAGAGGACUGUGCCUGUAUGGGACAUGGGAGUAAUUAUUUAGAUUCUUGGUUUGAUGCAUCUUGCAAAUACAAGAAAAAGUUCAUCUGUGAUAAAGAAUUCAUUGCAUUUCAGUGAUGACUGUAGUGACUGUAGUCUCAAUCUUAUAUUGAGGAUCUUUAGACAUCUCUCUGUAUUGUGCAUUUAAAUCUUGUUGAAUAAAAGACGCUCUUUACUCUUAUUUUAUACCAAGGUGGUUUUGCAUUUACAACAUAAAAAACGUUGUUAUCUGUUAAUCAUUUACAAUAACAAUUUUAACAGUCAGUGACACACAUUAUUUGUUUGUUUAUCUA